AUGACUUGUCAUCAGCGUCUACCACCACCAGCAAAGCCAUUUCAACAGCUGAUCAACGUGAAGAAGCCCAACUUAGCUAACUCCUCCGGCAAUGCAGCAACCGUCUUGACCCUCUCUGCUUCAACUCCAAUCUCUGCCUCUGCUCACUGUAAGCCUACACCACCGCCGCAAGGAGUGGCAUACUGCCGCGUUCGUCGCACUCAAAGUUCGCCAUCCGUCCGCCUAUCUAGCUUCCCUCGUGAUCCAAGUCUUCAACCCUUGUUUGCUGUCACCGAUCACGGCUGCUUCCUCGAGCUCGGCGUCCGUCGUCUUUGUCUGCUUAGCCGCGCUUCCGUCGCCGUUUGUUUGCCGUUCAAGUUCGCGUCUUCGUUCAGCUGUCGUCUUCGUUCGCGUUCUUUGCCGUUCACGUUCGCUCGACGUUCACUGUUCGCGUUCACUCGCCGUUCACCGUUCGAGUUCGCAUUCGUGUUCGUCUGGAAGCCACGUUGCUCUGCUUCAAACACUGCGACCAACCCGCGCGCUCCACCUAGCCGUCGAACUGCUCUCUUUUGUCACCGCCCUGCUUGCACAACCCUUAUCAUGGCUCACUUCAACCAAGUUCCAUUGGCUGCUGGAGAUUCCAUUGCCAUUUUCUCUUCAUUGAAUAUAAGAGCCGCUAUUUUAUGCAGGUCACAACUUACCCCAGUGAGUUGUUUGAUGGUGGCAGAGCGGAGGACCUUACUCCAUUUUGUUACCUUUUUGGUUAUUUUGAUUAGUUUUCUCACUUUUGUAUUUAUUUUUGCCUUAGAGACUAACUUUGAGAGAGAUAUAUUGUAUUCUGUUUUAACUUUCAAAAAUUCUGUAUGUCAAUAUAUAACUAGUUGGCCUAAACUUCGUAGGCCGAGGUGUAGAUUAACUGGGUAUAUAUGCAUUGGAAUUGAAUUGGGAAUACUUGGAGGCUUUUUGGUGGUCAAGACUUGUUUUGGGGCUAUUUUGAUUGAGCUUGGAAGGGCUGUGAUUUGUGUUGUGAGGCUACCUUGGGUGAUACAAAGUGAUCAACCAAGGUGCAACCAAUUGGAGAUGCAGAUCGAGAGGCUCCUCGCUAGGCAUCUGGAUCUUGAAGCGAAGUAG